AUGAGCCAUUCGCAGUUUCACACAUAUGACUACUGGCAGAAUCAACCAGAUAACUACCUUUGCGGCCCAGGGGCGGGGAUAUUGCUAUCCACCGUCGCCUGGGCACGAGGCCUCCCUGAAGGGGACCGGAAGGUGAGCUAUGUAAUCUGGAAGGGACGCACGAAGCGCCUGAUCGACCGCGAAGGCCCCCAGCGCACCGGGAACCCGCGACGACCAUCCAAUUGCCCCCCACUGGGCCCUCCAGGACCGGUCCGCACGCAGGUGAACCCUGCCGGGACGCCCUCACGGGCGCCGACAGGCUGCGGCAUAUGGUCCUCUGGUGGGGGUCCGGACCCCGCGGACACGCCGGCGAACGGCGGCUCCUGCAGGGCGGCUCCCCCGGGAAUCUGGGUUUCGAUGAUGGCCAGCGGCCAACGAUCCACAGACUCCGUCAGCGCCGGGGACCACGCAAGGGCCCCUGGGCUUCAGUCACCCCCCCAAACCGCGAAACACGGACCCCGGGGUGCGACGGCACAGGCUUCUUUCCGACUCCAACCGCACGCCCAGCACCGGGAAUCCUGCAACCUGGGUACUGUCAACCGCUCCCCGAAGGGGCAGCAACGUGGCACUCCCAGGCGGAGGAAACCGGCCUGCAGCGGCGGCGAGGCGGACACCUGGCCAUGGCGCCCCACGGCAGUUCGACCGCAGGGGGUGGUUGGCAGUCCCCGUUCCUGA